AUGAAAGAAUUGGAAAGAAUUGCGCCUAAGCAAAAAGGUAUUGUAUCGCAAUCAGUUAAAGAAAUCACUCUGUCACUAGUUGACGAUGGUUUUGUUGAAUGUGAAAAAAUUGGUACCUUCGUCUGUUAUUGGGCGUUCCCAUCAAAAGCGACUGUUGUUCGACGAGUAAAAUUAGAAAAUUUAGAAAAGAAUAUCAAUGAUGCGGAAAAAAAAGUUUGCGAAAUCAAAAAACAAAUCGAAAUAUCGAAAUGUGGAAGAGAAGAAAAUGAGGCGAGAACUGCUUUGCUUCAUCAUUUUCAAGAGUUGACGAAGGAGAAGCAAAAUCUCAGUUUAAGACUCGACGGGCUGAAUAAGUGUGGUUCUGAAAUCAUUGAUAGCUUAAAGAAAGAAUGUGAAAAAACACUUGAAAGCAUAAACCGGUGGACAGAUAACAUGUUUGAUUUAACAGAUAACAUAUUUGCGAUAAAAAAGUGGUGCAGGCUGAAAUUCAAUAUUGAUAUGAAAACUCUAGACCAGCAAUUUGGUAUUCCAUCGGAUUUGGAUUAUCUUGAAUGA